UUUUCGGAAUGGUCGGGCAAAGAAAGCUUAAAGAAGCAUCCCACCGACGACAACCACCUUUCACUUUCCCUCCUUUUUCAUCAUUACCCUCCCUCCAGAUUUUAAUACCAUCCCCAAAUCUUCAUCACCCAAAAGCAAUCUCAUUCAUAUUCAUGGGGAACUGCCUCUUUGGAGGGCCAUCGGAAGAUGAUAGAAUAAUCAAAGUAAUCAACUCCGCCGGCGGCAUCAUGGAGUUCUACGCUCCUGUCACAGCAGAAUGCAUCACCGACGAGUUCCCCGGCCACGGGAUUUUCCGGGGAAACGAUCUUUUCUGGAAACCCAUUCCCCACACCGAGUUUCUGGUUGCCGGAAACUCCUACUACCUUCUGCCACUCGACAAGAGAAGAGGAAUGAAGGUAGGACAUGUCAGAUCCAACAGCCUCCCGCAAAACACAGCAGCGCCGUACCGGAUGUCCUUCGACAGCCGUAGGGUUUUCAAGAGGUCGUACACAGACGCAUAUUCAUCAAGUUCCAGAAAUAAUGGAUGUGGGUUUUGGAAGGUGAAGCUUGUGAUAAGCCCUGAACAGCUGUUGGAGAUACUGUCACAAGAAGGGCGAACGCAGGAGUUGAUCGAGAAUGUCAGAACUGUGGCGAAAUGUGGAAACGAAGCUGCGGUUUCAUGUAAUUCCUCUUCGGCGUUAUCUGAUCAGUGGAGUCUUUGCAGCAGUAGCAGAAAUGGUUCCAAGAAAGAUGUUGUAUUAGAGAUGUAAUUAAUUACUGGAUUAAUUAAAGUAACAGCCUUUUUUUGUUCUUCAUGUAGCUACUUAAUUUGUCUCAACUCCUUUAAAGUUGUAUGUAUGAUCGUAUAAUUAUAUAUGGAUUAACAUAUAAUUAACA